AAGACCUCGGCUCACUCCCUGACCAGUAAUCUCCCAAUUCAAAGCUGUCUUUCUCUUUAUUUCAUCUCCUUGUGAGAACCUGUGAUUGUUUAAUCUAGUUUUAUUUAUUAUGUUAGCAGUGUUUUGUCUGCUCGGAUCAUUCUGGAAGGUCCAGUUUUGUAAUCAGCGUUGGAGCCCAGUUUGAUGGCAGCGUGGUGGUUUUCUUUCUCUCUAAUGGAUCAUCUUCAGGACUUUCUGGUUCUUUGAUGUCAUUGUAGAGAUCUUCUGCCAUUAUUUAUCAACAAUCUGGAUUUUCAGCCACGCAGUUGACUUGACAUUAUUUGACCUUUCUGAAGUGCGUCAGAAAAGAGAGGCCUGGUGGAUGAGAGUGUUUGAUGUGGCAUGGCCCAAAUGUGAAAUGAAAUCCAUGCAGCUCCUAUCAGCCUCACAUUAAAGUAAAAAAUGGAGAUUCCUUGGGGCCAUUGACUACACGCUCAGACAUGCAUUUCCCUCUUUAGACUGCUCGUGUCUCAUUCAAGUUUGGUGAUACGGACAUUAUUCUUUCUCUAAACUAAUGUCAUUAAUUUCAUUUCGGCAAUAACACUUUUACUGAUUUUUCUAAACAAGCUGGAAUUUUUGCGUGUGAGAAAGUUUGGCUGAGGAGGAAAUAAAGGCAAAAUCAGAUGCUGUUGAUGGGAUGGAGGUGUCCAUGCCACCCAAAGCAGUCCCUGAUCUAGAAUCAGUUGAGCAGGCAAUGGCUGCACAGAAGAGGAAAGCCCCCAGUCCUCCACAUUCCUCAAACGGACACUCUCCCUCAGACACGUCACCCAGUCCCACAAAGAAAAAGAAGAAACCAGGAUUAGUCAACAACAGUAAAGAUCAAUGUGUGCUUAGACAUGGUCCCUUUUACUAUGUCAAGCAGCCCGCACUCACCACAGACCCUGUUGAUGUUGUACCGCAGGACGGGAGGAAUGACUUCUACUGCUGGGUGUGUCACCGCGAGGGCCAGGUGCUCUGCUGUGAGCUCUGCCCCCGCGUCUACCACGCCAAGUGCCUCAAACUGGCCGCAGAGCCUGAGGGUGACUGGUUCUGUCCAGAGUGUGAGAAAAUAACGGUGGCUGAAUGCAUAGAGACUCAGAGUAAAGCUAUGACCAUGCUAAACCUGGAACAGCUGUCAUACCUGCUCAAGUUCGCUCUACAGAAAAUGAAACAGCCAGGGACGGAGCCAUUUCAGAAGCCUGUGUCCCUGGAACAGCACCCAGAUUACGCUGAGUAUAUAUUUCACCCAAUGGAUGUGUGCACGUUAGAGAAGAAUAUCAAGAAGAAAAUGUACGGUUGCACGGAAGCAUUUUUGGCAGACGUAAAGUGGAUUCUACACAACUGUAUAAUUUAUAAUGGAGGGAAUCACAAGCUAACCGCAACUGCUAAAGUUAUUGUCAAGAUCUGUGAACAUGAGAUGAAUGAAAUUGAGGUUUGUCCAGAGUGCUACCUGUCUGCCUGUCAGAAGAGGGACAACUGGUUCUGUGAACCUUGUUCUCAGCCUCACCCUCUGGUGUGGGCCAAGCUGAAAGGUUUUCCCUUCUGGCCUGCAAAAGCCCUGAGAGACAAGGACGGCCAGGUGGACGCACGGUUCUUUGGCCAGCAUGACAGAGCCUGGGUGCCCAUAAACAACUGUUAUCUUAUGUCUAAGGAUAUUCCCUUCUCUGUAAAGAAGACCAAAAGUAUCUUCAACAGCGCCAUGCAAGAAAUGGAAGUUUACGUGGAAAAUGUGCGCAAGAAAUAUGCUGUGUUCAACUACGCUCCAUUCCGAACUCCCUACACACCCAACAACCAGUUCCAAAUGUUGCAGGACCACAGUAACCCCAAAAAAGGCCCAGUGAAGCCUGAGAAACAGGAAAAAGUCCAAUUUAACUUUGAUAUGACUGCAUCUCCCAAGGUGCUCCUUGGUAGAACGGUGAUGCCAGGAGGCCCGGGACAUCGGAUCUCUGUGACAGACAUGCCUAGAUCUCCAAUGAGCACCAACUCGUCAGUCCACACUGGGUCAGACCUAGAGCAGGAUGAUCGAGGGCCGAGAGGAUCAACUAAUCACUAUAGUGCUGGAGAAGACUCUAUGGAUUGUACAGCAUCCCCUGCCUCUCUGAAAACAAGCAACAGUCCCAAGCCUUUACUCCCCACACCAGUUAAACAGGAAAGGACAUCGAGCACUGGAGGCAUUCUCAAUCUCAACCUCGAUCGUGUUAAAGCUGAAAUGGACCUGAAGGAGUUGAGUGAGACUGUACAACAACAGCAGCAGCAACAACAGAGGACCUCGGUGCUUCUAACCUCUCCCAAAAAAACAACCAGGAGUUUGGAUAAAACCAUAGAGAGCUGCAAGGCCCAGCUGGGAAUCGAUGAGAUCUCUGAUGAUGUGUAUCGUGUGGAGCGCAGCGAAUCUGAUGACUCUGACAAAUCCGAAUCCAGCGACAAUGAAUACAUGUCUGAUGAUGAACAGAAACCCAAGAACACAAACCACAACAACAGUGUCCACAAAGACUCCAAAAAGAGACCCAGACCUCCUUCCGCUCAAGGACAAGAUCAAAACACUGUCCCUUCAACCGGUGGAGGGACAACUGGCGGGGACAAGAAACCUGCAGAUCCCCUGACUAAAGAAAAGUUAAGUGUUGGUGUGGAGAAAGAUUCUCAGGAGAAGCCCAAACCCUCACAGCAGACCCAGAGGGAGAGGUCGCAGCCUCGGAAGGAAGGAAGGCCUGCGGGCCCGGAGGUGGAUAUGGACUCAGACUCUGAGCGGGAACUGGUGAUAGACCUCGGUGAGGAAUCAGGAGGAAGGGAGAAGAAGAAAGCCAAGCGAGAGGUCGCAUCAGCCCCCAUCUCCACACCUAAAGACAAGACAAGCGUUAAGACAGAGGUUAAAGCUCCUGUAUCUACCAGCAUAUCAGCUUCUCCAUCCACCGAUAACACUUCAACUUCCUCCAAUCCUGCUCCAAAAGACGCAACUGCAUCAGCCACCAAGCCGCCAGCCACCGCCAUGACUGUAUCUACUGCUCAAGCCACUUCCAUCUCAGCUGCUCACCCUGUUCCUGCAGCCCCAGCCACUGCCAAUGUGGUGAAGAAACAGCGCCCUCUGCUGCCCAAGGAGAGCACACAGCCGGCUCAGCGGCCUGCAGGGUUUAACCAGCUGGGCAGUAAAUUCCAGACGUCGUCUCAGAAGUGGCACAUGCAAAAGGUGCAGAGACAACAGCAACAGGGUGGGCAGAUUCCUCAGACGCUGGUGCAAAAUCAAUCAGAGCCCCAGACGCCAGCAAACAACUCCAGCACCCGCUACCAGACCAGACAGUCUGUCAAAGCUGUCCAACAGAAAGAUUCCUCACCUGUUAACACAACAUCUGGUACCUCCACCUCCAGUCUGGUUGGAGACUUCCUUACCCCUCCUGCAUCUGCUGAUGUUGCCGCAGACAUUGCCAAGUACACCACCAAGAUGAUGGAUGUGAUCAAGGGAACAAUGACGGAGAUAUACAACGAUCUCUCCAAGAGCACCACGGGAAACACCAUUGAAGAGAUCCGGCGGUUGAGGAUUGAGAUUGAGAAACUGCAGUGGCUGCAUCAGCAGGAGCUGUCGGAGAUGAAACAUAACCUGGAGUUGACCAUGGCAGAAAUGAGGCAGAGUCUGGAGCAGGAGAGAGAAAGACUGGUGUCAGAGGUGAAGAAACAGAUGGAGGUGGAGAAGCAGCAGGUGAUAGAUGAGACUAAAAAGAAGCAGUGGUGUGCCAACUGUAAGAAAGAGGCUAUCUUCUACUGCUGCUGGAACACCAGUUACUGUGACUACCCCUGCCAGCAAGCACACUGGCCCGAACACAUGAAAUCCUGCACACAGUCAGCCACAUCAUCUCAGCAGGAGACUGAAACAGAAGCUAGUUCAGACUCAGCCGGAAAACCUGUAGGACAGUCCCCUAAAUCCCAACCUUCUCCAACCGGAGACAGAACAUCGCCCACAAACAGAGUACCCUCCACAGACAACACUAAAGGCAGCUCCUCUGUUGCUGUCUCAUAACCAGAGUGUUACUGAGAUCUUUUUUUUUUAAUAACAUCAGAACCGUGCCAUUUCAGAGUUGAGUCAGCAGUUGACACCAAAGGACAUUGACUCAUUUCAACAAAGGUUUAGAGACUUUCUUUACAAGUGUGGUCAUGAAACGAUGUUGACACACUUCCUUCACCUGUUCACUACAUCAAACAAAAUUAGGAAAAUGCCUAUAAAGGUUUGAUUCAUUUCUAUGUAAAAUGUCAUUUUGUAUUUGAAUUUGUGACUUGUUUAGUACAAAGACAGAGACGCCCUUUGAUAUGAAAUAUGCAACUGUGAUACUGUUGUCCUUUUUUUAUACAUAUCAAAUUUUGUAAACUUCAGAAACAAACAAAUGUGUUUGGUCAAUAUAAUUAUUUUCUCGCUAAAUGUAAAAGAUGCACUUAGAAGUGCCAGUAGAAGGAUCGGUUUCCUUUUAUACAAAGGUAAUCAGGAAUGAAGAGCGUGUUUUUACAAGCUCAAAAACGUUAACGGAAUAUGAUUGUUAGUUCUCAUGGAUGGUCACCAAGUUUCUGGAAAGAUUCAAAGAUUUACUCCACAUGUCUUUCAUCCAUGAAAAGCUUCUUGAUUGAAAAUAAAUAAAAGAGACAAAAUCUAGAGGAGUGAAGGAAAGAUUGAACUUCUUGCAGGCAUGUUCCUUUUUUUUCCCCUCCCAUCUUAUGAACUCACUUGUUUACAUACUGUAAAUUAAAAAAGAUAAGCAGAGAAGAAAUGUGUACGAAAAAUAAAGUCUUCAGUGAGACACAAAUCUGGAGGUUCUGGUAUGUUUUCUUAUGCAGUUGUAUCAAGAAUUGAUGUUUAUGCUUUUACCUUGCAUAUUCUUUCAUGUCUUUGACAAAAAAAGGAAGAAAGAUUUGUUUCAACAUUCAAGCAGUGUUUGAUGUGAAUGUGACAGUUUGGAUUAGAAAACUACAUAUUGCAUGCAUUUUACCAUAACUUGUUAAAUAGAGAGUAAACGCAACUGCUGGUAAAUCUAACAUAUCUACCAACAUUUCAAAUUGCAUUAGGAUAGCUCUAUUAUAGAUGCAUAUUUGAUUUAUGAUUUUCUAGGCCCUAAUUUUUAUCUUAUCACCAACCAUCUAGAUCAUAUUUGAAUUCUGAAUCCAGGAAGAAGACAUGAGUUAAAGGAAUAAUCUGGGUUCAAUAAAAUUAAGUUCAAUCGACAGCAUUUGUGGCAUUAUAUUGUAUACCACAAAAUUGUAUUUUGUCUCGUACCUCCUUUUCUUUAAAAAAAAAAAAGAAAAAGCAGCAAAAAUCUGCGUUCCAGUGAGGCAAUGGGGGCCAAUAUUUCAACGUUAAAAUACACACCGUUUCAAAAGUAUAGCCACAAGCCAUAAACAUGUAAACAGGACAUACUAACCUUUUCUAUGUAAAGAUAUAGCUAGUUUUACAACUUCAUUGCCAUGACGAUGUAAUGUCAACCACCGUAAAAGCCUAAAACUACUGUAAACAUUAUUAUUAAAACAACUUUACAGCUCAAGUAAUACAUGCGUUUUAACAGAAGAAUUACAGUUAUGUAAGUGCUUUAUAAAAUUAUAAGCUUUACAUUUCUGCCUUUAAACCCUCCAAAAAUUGUCCAUAUUCACUUUCAUUGUAAGUACUUAUUGUAACCUCAACAUUUGCUUCUUGUAUCUUUUUUACUGUAUUUGUACAAAAGUGUUUUGGUGUGACUUGGUGUGAGCUUAUCUUUAGGGAUAUUACAGGAGUUAAGGUUACUUUUGAAGAGAAAGUUUUUUAUUUUUCUGACAAACCUUCAGAAAAUAAAAUUGGUUAUGUUCUUAAUUUAUUAUUUUAGGUAAAUAUUACAUUCAUAAAUGUAGAUGGUCAAAGAAGACACCACAUUUCAGUCAGUUUAAAUUUGAGUUCAGUAUUAGUAUCUUGAAGCACUGGAGGGUGUAAGAAACACCAAGGCUAUAAAGACUUUGGACUGCUGUAGAGCCUUGAAUUUUUACCCAUCACAAAGACUUCUAUAUUUCUGUGGCUUUUGAAUUAGUCUUAUCCGAGAC